CUGGAGUCUAUAUAAGACGCUUAGAAACAGACUGUUGUUGUCAGUGCAAGUUUUCCUUUUCUUGUAACUGUCGGUGGUAUAAUGUAAGUGGAGUGUUAAAUAAGAAUGCAUAAAACAUUGAAAAUCCUGUCCGCUAUCCUAGGAUUAGCAUUGGCUGUUCCAGCCCCCGAUAGCAAUGCGCCGCCUAAAGACACAGAUCCGAUAGUAGUUACUUCUUUAGGUCAAAUUCAGGGAACUGUGAUUCAGUCUAGAUUAGGGAAACCCAUUUAUUCCUUUAGAGGCAUUCGCUAUGCAAAAGCGCCAGUGAACGAGUUGAGAUUCCAGCCUCCAGUUCCAGUGGACAAAUACGAGGGUGUUUAUAAUGCAACCGCUGAUGCUCCUUUGUGUCCUCAACCAACAUCAGACCCCACUUCAGAGGACUGUUUAUUCCUUAAUGUGUACUCAACCAAGUUACCAAAAGAGAACGACAAGACUGUAAAGAGGCCAGUUAUUGUUUAUAUUCAUGCAGGCGGAUUCUACAGCGUAGGCUCUGCAAGUUACUGGGAAGGCCCUCAAUACUUCAUGGACCAAGAUAUAGUGCUGGUAACAUUCAAUUACCGACUAGGAACUUUAGGAUUUUUGGCAACUGGAGAAAAAGAAGCUCCGGGAAACAAUGGACUGAAAGACCAAGUGCAAGUCUUGAAGUGGAUCAACAAGAAUAUUGAAGGAUUUGGUGGCGAUCCGAAUUCCGUCACUUUAAUGGGCUACAGCGCUGGUGGUGUUAGCGUUGUUUUGCACAUGGUUUCUCCUUUAUCUGCAGGACUUUUCCAUAAAGCCAUUGCCAUGAGCGGUUCACCUACCUCACAAUGGACAAUUGCUCAUGAACAAUUAGACCUAGCGAAAAGACAAGCAAAGUUCGUGGGUUGUCCUGAUGAUACAGCAGCAAACGUUUACAAAUGCUUGAAAACAGCCCGUGUUAAUGAUUUAGGCCAAUCGCUUCCACAAUUUGCGGAAUUCGGAUUAGAUCCGCUUUUCAUUUGGACCCCUGUAAUGGAGAAAGACUUUGGACAACCACGUUUUCUCACUGCUCAUCCAAUCACUCUAAUACAGAACGGAGAGUUUCACAAAGUGCCUUUUAUUACUGGCGUCACGGCUGAUGAAUUUGCCUUUAAAGCUUUCGGUAUUGUUAACAACGCUACUCUACUUAAGGAUAUUAACGAGAAAUGGGAAGACAAAGCUCCGAUUUCUUUCUUAUAUGAAAGAAAGUCAGAUCAUUCAAAAGCAGUGAGCGCGGCUCUAAAGAAAUUCUACCUGGAAGAUAAAGCGGUUGAUAAAAGUUCGUUGGGAAAACUUGGCGAGCUUUAUGCCGAUGCUUCCAUUGGAUUCGGUGUAAACAGAGCUGUGAAACUGAUUAGUGAGAAAAACAACGCUUCUACGUAUUAUUACAAGUUCAGUUAUCAAGGAAGGUACAGUCACUUCUACACUCCCGAUAGUAAUAACACAAAACCAUAUGGUGUGGUUCAUCAUGAUGAUUUAAUUUACCUUUUCUACAUAUCAAAACUGUUUCCCCCGUUUAAAGAAAACUCACCCAAAGAGGUUGAAAUGGUGAAUAAAUUGACGAUUUUAUAUGCCAAUUUUGCCAAAUAUGGAACACCCAUACCUACACCGAAUGAUAGAUUAGAUAACGUAAAGUGGGAGCCAUACAACAUCAAGACUCAAAAGUAUCUGGAUAUCGGCAAUAAAUUGACCAUACAGGAGAAAUUGUAUGAAAAAAGAUACGCAGAAUGGGAAAAACUAUUCCCAUUAGAAAAAUAUGCGAAAAUUAAAUAACAUGCUCUAUGUAGGAUGUUACUGUGGUACCUAAUUAUUGUUUUGUUCAUUUAAGUGCCUGUUGAUGUUUUCAUGUAUUAUUAUUUUUUGUAAGUACUAACCUAAUACUUAUAAAACAGUUUCUUGUAUAAACUUUGUCCCAAUUAGCACCUCAAUAAGUACCUCAAUAAGGAUAUGUCGACCCUGCAACGAAAAGGUUUUACCCAUUAUAUUAGAAUACAUGCAGCAAUAAAAAAUUUAAAAAAAUAA